UGGGAGCUGAAGAUGGCGGAGGGGAAGGAGCCGAAUAACAAGUGGGUUCGGCUGAAUGUCGGGGGCACCCACUUCCUGACCACCCGGCAGACGCUGUGCCGUGAGGAGAAGUCCUUCUUGUACCGGCUGUGCCAGGAGGAGGGCGAGCUGCUGUCCGACCGGGACGAGACAGGGGCGUACCUGAUUGACCGGGAUCCCACAUAUUUUGGGCCUAUAUUGAACUAUCUCCGACACGGCAAACUUGUUAUCAACAAGGAACUGGCGGAGGAGGGGGUUCUAGAAGAAGCUGAGUUUUACAACAUUGCACCUCUCAUUAAAUUAGUGAAAGAGAAGAUCAAAGAAAGAGAUUGCAAACCCACACAGAUUCCUACAAAACAUGUUUACCGAGUUCUCCAAUGUCAGGAGGAAGAGCUUACACAGAUGGUUUCCACUAUGUCUGAUGGCUGGAAAUUUGAGCAGUUGGUCAGCAUUGGAUCGUCCUACAACUAUGGAAAUGAAGACCAAGCGGAGUUUCUAUGCGUUGUUUCCAAGGAGCUGCACAACACCACCAACGGGAUAAGCUGUGAACCGAGUCGAAAAGCUAAGAAAUACUGAGUGGCUGUUCCAUCUCAACCUCCUCCUGCUCCCACUAAGACAAGCUGGUCUUCAGCCAAGUUCAUUCACUGCAGUGGUAUCAAGAAACAGCUGGAAACAUUGGAUUUAGCAAAAAAAAGGACUAAAAAAAAUCCUUGGCUGUAAUAUGCUUCCAAACUAGCCACGCUGUUCUAGUGCAGUUUGAGCGCUGGUGUUUCUUCAGCAUUAUAGAAAAUUGAAAAGUUUAAAAAAAACUGCAAAUAUGGAAAUCUGAAAUAACUUUUCCUAAAAAAAAGCUACUCAGCUGGUCAGGCAGCACGUGGAGAAACUGAAUUAACAUUGCAGGUCAAUAAUCUUUCAUCAGAAUGCAUUAAUGAAAUAUGUUUUGAGUAGGGAGGAGAUAACAGUAGGACUAUCUGUGAUAGGAUAGAGACCAAAAGAAGUUGUGGGGAAUCCAAACAGGCCAAUUAAUGUCCCAACAUCCUACCCUCAAUCAUCAGCACAGUGAUGGGCACUCUUCCACUUGAUGGUGUUGAAAAGAUCAUGCCAAUAUUAUUGAUCAACGCCCACCAAAAACCUGUUGACUGAUAUCCUGACUGAAUGUAGCCUUGGCCAAAGUGAACCAAAGGGUGAGGUCCUGAGGUGAGUGCUUCUGCCCAGAGGUCAAAUCGGCACUUCACCAAGUGUGGCAUCAAGGAGCCCUGCUGAACCUGGAGUCGAUGGGAAUCGAGGGGAAAUUGCACCCAUGACCAGCAUAACUUGCAGAAAAGAAGAUGGUUGUGGCUGCUGGAGUUCACUCAGCCCUAUGUCAUUGCUGCAGGAAUUCCUUAGGGCUGUGUCCUAUGCCCAACCUUCUAUCGCUACUUCAAUGACUACCCCUCCAUCUAAUGAUAAGAAGUGGGGAUGUUUGCUGAUUGUACAAUGUUCAGUUCCAUUCUAAGCUCCUUGGAUAAUGUACUUGCAUUUAGUGGUAUCUGGGCUGUUAACUGCUAAGUAAGAUUUACUCCACUCGAGUGUCAGGCAAUGACGAAAGAGACUAACCAUCUACCUUGGAAAUAAGUGCCACGACUUUUGCUGUACUCGCCAUUUCAACAUCUGGAGGACCACCACUGACCAGAAACUCAACUGAACUCGCUGCUAAAAUCAAUGGUGUGAGAACCAGUCAGAACCUGGAUAUACUGCAAUGACCGAGUCACCUCACGAGACCCCAGAGUCUUUUCAUCUUUAAGUCACGGGUUAUCAUUGUGAUAGUGUACUCUCCUUUUGCCUGGAUGAGUGCAGUUCCAACAGCUCUCAAGCGCAACGCCAUCCAGGAAAAAGCAGCCUGUUGAUUGGCAUAGCCCAUCCACCACAUUCAAUGUUCCUCCGACACCCCCUACCAGCACAGUAUAGGCGUUGUAUGUACCAUUCAGAGAAUGCUAUGUAGCAACUUUUCAGUGCCUCUCUGACGGCGUCUCCCAAACCCAUGACUUCUGCUUUCUAGAAGGCACAAGGGAAUAUUGUGCCUGCAGGUUCCUCGUUAAGUUGCACAGCACCAUGACUUGGAAAUGUAUCGCUUGUCCAUCAUCUUCUCUGUUCAAGAUCCUGCAGCUCCCUCCAUAGCAGCACUGUGGAAACACCUUCAUCAGAAGGUCAGGAUUUAUUCAAGAAUGUGGCUCACUGCUAUCCCUUUCCAUAGGCUAUCAAGGACAAGUGAUUUAAAAAAAAAAGAAAAAAUUUGGCUUCGUCAACGAUGCACCUAAUUUGGCUUUUAAAUAAAAAUAAUUAUUCAAAAUGAGACUCUUCUAAGAUGAUACAAGGCUUGUGCUAAAAUGUUCAGGGUAAUUGAGGGGUAUGGGGGUAGCACAGGAAGGUUAAAUUAGCACAAAGGUUGAGUUAAUAUAGAUGGUCAGCUUUAAUCUUGAGUGGUGGGGCUGG